AUGAAGCUCAACCUCUCUCUCGCUUUCGUGGCCGCUCUCGCCACCGCCUUUGCUGGCGUCGAGGCCGGUGUUCACAAGGCCAAGCUGCAAAAGCUCACUCCCUCCAAGGAGCUCACCCUCGAGAGUCUUGCUGCCCAGGCCGAGAUCCUCCAGCUCAAGUAUGGCGGCGCCGGCUCGCACAAGAAGCAGGCUCCCUUCUCUGCCAACCCCGAGCACGACUUCAGCAUCCAGCCCAUCGCCGACUCGAACCAAGCUGCCGCUUGGUAUGCGGAGGCCAAGAAGGGCCACGGUGUACCCCUCACCGAUUUCCUUAACGCUCAGUACUUCUGCGACAUUUCGCUCGGUACCCCCGCUCAAGAGUUCAAGGUGAUCCUCGACACGGGCUCUUCCAACCUCUGGGUUCCCUCCACCAAGUGCUCGUCCAUCGCCUGCUUCCUCCACAAGAAGUACGACAGCUCCGCUUCGUCCUCGUACAAGAAGAACGGCACCGAAUUCAAGAUUCAGUACGGCUCAGGCUCUAUGGAGGGCAUCGUCUCGCAAGACACGCUGAAGAUUGGCGACUUGACCAUCAAGGGUCAGGACUUCGCCGAGGCCACCAGCGAACCCGGUCUUGCUUUUGCUUUCGGAAAGUUCGACGGUAUCCUGGGUCUUGCCUACGACACGAUCUCGGUCAACGGCAUCGUGCCUCCUCUCUACCAGAUGAUCAACCAGGGUCUGCUCGACGCUCCUCAGGUCUCGUUCUACCUCGGCAGCUCCGAGCAGGACGGUGGCGAGGCCGUGUUUGGUGGUAUCGACGACAGUCACUACUCGGGCAAGAUCCACUGGGCUCCCGUCAAGCGCAAGGGCUACUGGGAGGUGGCGCUCGACAAGCUCGCUCUCGGUGACGAGGAGCUCGAGCUUGACAACGGUUCCGCCGCCAUCGACACUGGCACUUCGCUCAUCGCCAUGGCUACCGACACUGCCGAGAUCCUCAACGCCGAGAUCGGUGCCACCAAAUCCUGGAACGGCCAGUACUCGGUCGACUGUGAGAAGGUCAAGGACCUGCCUCCCCUCACGUUCUACAUUGACGGCAAGCCCUACAAGCUCGAGGGCAAGGACUACGUGCUCGAGGUCCAGGGCUCGUGCAUCUCGUCGUUCUCCGGUAUCAACCUUCCUGGCCCGCUCGCCGACAUGCUCAUUGUCGGAGAUGUGUUCUUGAGGAAGUACUACUCGGUCUACGACCUGGGCAAGAACGCUGUCGGUCUUGCCACUGCCAAGUGA